ACCAAGAGAGCAGUUCCUUCAUCCCAGCUACACGAUCGGUAGGCUCCCCAGUGAGCAGAGCACAAGACAACACACAGCCAUGUCGUCGAGGCAGGAGCAGCGAGUGGCGAGCGCCGAGGGCAAAGCGCAAGCGCAGCGCGCCGGCGAGCAGCUGGCGAGCGCCGAGCUCGAGGCGCACGCCCGCGAGGCGGCGCGUGAGAUUGCGCACGAGCGCACGGAGCGCGCACGCGUGGUCGGCACCGGCGGGCACGAGGAGCGCCACCGCGCCGGGAUCCUGGAGAGCGUGCAGCAGGGCGCCAGGUCGCUGGUGAGCGCAGUCGGCCGCACGCUCGGCGUCGCCAGCAGGGACACCACAAAGGAAAAGGUGGGCGAGUACAAGGACUGCUCGGCGGCCGGGUCGACCAAGGACAAGCUCAGCGAGUACAAGGACUACGCCGCCGACAAGGCCAGCGAAGCAACAGAGGCGACGAAAGCCAAGCUUGGAGAGUACAAGGAUUACGCCGUCGGCAAGCCCACCGGGAUGAAGGACGCCGCCGCGCACAAGGCUGGCGAGACGGCGGAGGCGACCAAGGACAAGGCUCUGGCGAUCAAGGACGCCGCCGCGCAGAAGGCUGGCGAGACGGCAGAGGCAACCAAGGACAAGGCUGUGGCGACGAAGGACGCCGCCGCGCAGAAGGCAAGUGAAACAGCCGAGGCGACCAAGGACAAGGCUGCGGCGAUGAAGGACGCGACGGCAGAGAAGGCGAGCCGGACGGCGGGUGCCGGCGGCAAGGACAAGCUAGGGGAGUACCGCGACGCUGCGGCGGAGAAGGCACGGGAGGCCAAGCAGAGCGCGGGGGCGGCGAGAGGCGACAAGACCAUGGACAUGGAGGACACGACGAGGUCCGCAGAGGAGAAGGUCGAGGAGUCGGCCGCCGACGCGGCCCGCAAGGCCAUGGAGUACCUGACCUUGCGCGCAGAGGACGUCGUUUGCGAGCAGUCCGGCGCGAGCAAGGUGAGCACAGCAGCUACGGAGGGCGAGCGGCGCUGGAAGGAUGGCAAGUGAAGGAAGGGCCGUGCCGGUGCAGACAGGAUGAAGGGAAGGCUCUGCACUGCACUAGUCCAUGGAGGAGUGACAUGCAUAAGCAUAGUAGAUAGAUAGGUGGUCUCUAGUUAGUGGAUAGGAUUUGAUCUUGCUCAUGUAGCCUUGCUCUUUUAAUUUCGCAGACAAACUAUUUUCUAGUAUGUGUUUUAUCUUCAGCUGAUGAAGAUCACGUGUCAAAUCGAUGUAAAAAAAAGAAUCUUCUGAGGUUGUA